CUCACCCAGGCCCGCCGCCAGCAUCGCCCUCACAAACUGAUACCUAGACCCGCCGCCAGCAUCGCCCUCACCCAGAAGAAAAAACCUUCGCCACCCGCCGCCAGCAUCGCCUUCACCCAGCAGCGCUUCACCCUCCGCCGUCGCCGCCAGCAUCACCCUCACCCAGACCCGUCGCCGCCGUCAACCAGACCCCUCGCCCAGACUCGCCUUCACCCAGCAGCUCUUCACCCUCCGCCGUCGCCGCCAGCAUCACCCUCACCCAGACCCGUCGCCGUCGUCAACCAGACCCUCGCCCAGACUCGUCUCCACCACCAAGACCCGUCGCCGCCACCCAGAUCCGUCGCCGCCAGCAUCUUCGCCCAAGCCCAGAUCCGCCGCACUGUCGCCGAGGAGGAAGGAGAAGCCUCCAAAUCAUCGCCCGCCCCUAGCCCUCUGCUUCUGCUCAGACCCGCCGAAGGCAACAAUGAGCGAAAGAAGGGGCAAGGAAAAAUCGAGGGUUCUCGGACG